CGCCUCUCCCGACUCCCAGACGGGCGGCAGCGGCGGCGGAGGCGGCGGCGGCGAGCUGAGCACCGAAAGGGCGCUCACCUCCCCGGGCGAGCUGCAGCACGACCGCUCCCCGCGGGCGGUCGGGGUCCGCGCCGCAGCUGCCGCCGCGUUCCGGCCCAGGCUGCCGCGAGAGGCGGCGGCAGCGGCCCCGGCCGCGGCCGGCCUGCGGCGCCCCCCGGCCGCGCCCCCGCGCACAGCUCGCGGCCCCGGCCAUGGGGCUGGGCUGAUCCGGGGCUCGGCCAAGCUGAGGCGGCGGCGCCCGGCCGUGCGCCCAGCUUGCAGGCGCCUGGCUCUCACGAUGAUGAAGAAGAAGAAGUUUAAGUUUAAGGUGGACUUCGAGCUCGAGGAGCUCUCCUCAGUGCCCUUCGUCAAUGGGGUCCUCUUCUGCAAGAUGCGGCUGCUGGACGGCGGCAGCUUCACCGCCGAGUCCUCCAGGGAGGUGGUACAAGCAAACUGUGUUCGCUGGAGAAAGAAGUUCUCAUUUAUGUGCAAAAUGAGUGCAAGUGCUGCCACAGGCAUCCUAGAUCCUUGUAUCUACAGAGUAUCCGUGAGGAAGGAAUUAAAAGGUGGAAAAGCUUAUGCAAAGCUGGGCUUUGCAGAUCUAAACCUGGCAGAGUUUGCUGGAUCAGGAAAUACCACUCGCCGCUGUUUACUGGAAGGCUAUGAUACCAAAAAUACAAGACAGGAUAAUUCCAUUCUUAAAGUUUUGAUCAGUAUGCAACUGAUGUCUGGUGACCCAUGUUUUAAAACGCCUCCCUCCACUUCAAUGUCUAUACCAAUUGCUGGUGAAUCUGAAUCUUUGCAAGAAGAUAGAAAAGGUGGAGAGACUCUCAAAGUGCAUCUUGGAAUAGCAGAUCUUUCAGCAAAGAGUGCCUCUGUUCCAGACGAACUUGGUGCCUGUGGACAUUCUAGAACAUCAAGCUAUGCAAGCCAGCAGUCAAAAGUAUCAGGGUAUAGCACGUGUCACUCCCGGUCAUCUAGUUUCUCUGAGCUCUGCCACAGGAGAAAUACCUCAGUGGGAAGCACAUCAACAGGAGUUGAAAGUAUUCUAGAGCCAUGUGAUGAAAUUGAGCAGAAAAUCGCUGAGCCAAAUCUUGAUACAGCUGAUAAAGAAGAUACAGCUUCAGAAAAACUCAGCAGAUGCCCAGUGAAACAAGAUUCUGUAGAAUCUCAGCUGAAGCGAGUCGAUGACACCAGGGUGGAUGCAGAUGACAUUGUAGAGAAAAUAUUACAAAGUCAAGACUUCAGCCUAGAUUCCAGUGCGGAAGAAGAAGGACUAAGGCUAUUUGUGGGUCCUGGGGGAAGUACAACCUUUGGCAGUCAUCAUCUUCCAAAUAGGGUGGGGUCUGGAGCUUAUGAACAAGUUGUGAUCAAACGCUAGAAGUCAAGUCGGUGAAAACAUUUCCUUGUGGAUUUAAGAUGUGAGUAGUUGAUGUAUCAAGGCAUUUUAUUCAAGCACUUAAUAGAAAAUGAACCUCAACUAUCAAGAGGAAAGCCAAUGCUGGUUUCUUCUCUGGAAGGACCCACCGCCAUCCUGUACCAGCCACCAAAGGGGAACAUCUACAUGGCAGUCUCCAGGCACUGUGCCACUGUGUGCCUUGGAAGCACCUGGCUUCUGUGGUCACUGCACAUCAUAAUGAAAAGCCUGCUUUUUCUUUCAGAACACCCCAGCGGAGAAAACAGCAUUAUAUACAUCGGAGUAUCAUUUUAGGAUUCAAGUGUAAAAAUCUGUGAUCAAGAGGCUCAAUAGAUUUGGGCUCUAUGGUUUGGUUUUUUUAGUUUGAGAGACAGUACAUGAAUAUAACUUAAACCCUAUAGAUUUUGUCAAGAUAGUUAUAAUUCCUGUUCUGGAAAUCUUCCCUAUUACACUACCUACAGCAUUGUAUAAAGUGUGGGUGUUCAUGCUUUGGGAAAAUGUUAGACUACAAUUUAAACAUGUGAUGUGCUUAUUCAUAAUUCUCAGUGUAUCAGUCAUAAAUGAAAUAACAAGUGCAUUUAAGUCUGAGAUACGUGAAUGGACGUAAUGCCGUUAUGCAGUAUAUAUUGUUAGUUGUCAUUAAUAUUAGAUGAGCUGCAGAACCACCCCCAAGCACUACAUAAAAGACUCAAAAUAAGUUUAACACUUACUGUGUUGGGCACCCUAACAGAAGAGCUAUCUUAACUCAUUGAAUAUUAAGAUCUGCUGGUUUCAGGAGUCAAAAUGUAGAAAAAGAGGAGAAUUGUAAUAUGGUCAGAAACAGAGAAGCCUUUUCUAUGUAAAUUCAGACUUAUCUGAGGCUAACAGUUUUCCGAAGUGGUGGUGGGUAGCAGCAUGACAGCUGCUUGCCAUGACUGAUGCAGACUACUAGGUUUCCAUUUUAGCUCUCUGUAGGUACUGUUUUCUUCCCCACUGUGUCGAAAGUGAUUUGUUUUGAAGCAAGAGUAGAAUAUAACAUCUAUCAAAUAUAGCUUUUAAAAUAAGAAUACCUGGUCUGGAUCCAGUUGAGCAGCACAGCAGAUAAACCUUAGAGUUUUUCUGUUCUUACAUGACGGUUUCCAUGUGGAAAGAUCUCAACUUUCUUGGAAUCACUAUUAGUGAAGAAAAAUGUAGAAUCUGUAUAACCAGUAAUUCCCCAAUUCUUACUUUCAAAGUCAUAUCCAAGAAAGACAAUAUGUCAGAAUAGAAUGACUUUGGUCUAGGUGUUUUCACGUUGGCAAAAAUAAGGAGGAAAUUAUAUUAUUUUAAUAUCCAAAUUUAAAGGUUUGGAAAAUUUUGAAUAGUUAAUAUUAGAACUUUUGUUGCUGUUUUUUAUAUUUCAAGGAUUGAGUAUUCUGCAUUAAUCCAAUACUAUUCUAACAAAGAGAUUCUGGAAGUUUUUAAAAGAUGAUACCCUGUUUUAUAUUUUGAAUGUAGAGAGACUCUGAGAGAGAGAACGUUCUGAGUUAUUAUACUUUUUAUUUUUUAAGAUUUAUUUUUAAGAAUAAAACAUUGACCUGAACAUUUUAGCCUAACCAAGGGACUUAAGUGGUAAAAACUUGCAUUGUGUCUUCACGUGAACUGAUCCGUUCAUUAUAUAUUAUGGGAAAAAUCAAAGAAAGUUUUUUAUAGAGAUAUGAAGAUAUUAUUUAGAGAGAUAUUUAUUAUGACAUUUUUUAAAAACAUAUUUUUCUAUUUUCAAAAUAUUAUUUCUAGGCUAUAUUUUUAUUGGUGCUGUGCAAAUGAUUUUGCAGUUUUGAAAAUGAUAAAACUAGAUUGUAAGUGGGGUUCAGUGAGGACAUUCAUCAGACACGUAAGAGGUGCUGCAAUCAGGGUGAUGCCCAUCUUACUCAUCCUUGGCUGCCCUUGGUGCGACACCUCUCUAUACAAGACUGGUUCUCAGUAUUUUAAAUGGUACAGAAUUCUUUUUAAAAAGUAGAGAGAUUUUGAAAAGCAUAAAAAUCAUGCCUUUAUAAUCUUAGCAGCCAUCAGAUACACCUUGAUUUAUGUAGUAGUAAAUAUAACAAAUAUUUUAAUAAAUAGAAACACUGAUAAGGAAGAAAAAAGAACUAAUGUCUAUGUCUUCUGUAGUCAGCAAAAGUCUGGAUCCAUUUUGUUCUAUUUUGUGUUCCAUUGGCACACUUUGUGUUCAAAUUUCAGUGCAGUCCUUUCAAAAUACUCGCUAAGGGUUGCCUAAGUGUCUGCCUUACUUUCUGAUUGUCCUUUUCUGAGAGCAUGGUUAAGAACAUCUUAACCAUAUAGCUGUUGAAAAAAUCUGUUUAUUAAAUAACGAGUUCACUUCUGUUUAUGUUUUGAGUUUAGAAAAUUUGACUUAAAAAUUUAGAUUAUUAAUAAAUUUAUUUUUAAAUAUUAAAGUCAAAUUUCAAAUCACCCAGUGUUGAAGAAUUUGCAGAUAUAUACAAUACUUUUUCUAAUUAUGUCUUUUCUAUCUCCAUGCCUGGCUUUUUCUAAUUAUAUCCUAGAGAAAAAGACUAAUGGUAUUUCAAAGCUGUGUAUUUGUGACGAGAUAAAGAAGAGUCUUAAACAUCUUGUUUGGGAGAAUGUACAGGCCAGUCAGGAGACCCACCUCCUCCUGUGCCCUGAGCUGCUGAGACCCGACAGAUCAUGAAGGCUAGUAAAGGGCAGAGAAGGCCCUGAGCCAUCAGUUUACACUCGAAUUGUUGACUCCCCUUUGUGGUGUUUUUGAAGGCUGCUUAUACCAACAGCUAAUGUGGAUUAGUGCUUAUGAUCUUGAAAAAGUCUUGACCAAGAAUCCUAAACUCCACCACUCCUCCCAUUCCAGCUUAACACAUCAGAAUAAUAUCCAAAUUCCAGACUUUUUUCUUUUUUACUUUUUUUUCUUCCUUUUUUAAGAGAGACAGUGUCUUGCUCGGUCACCUAGGCUGGAGUGUAGUGGCGCAAUCGUUGCUCACUACAGCCUCCAACUCCCAGGCUCAAAUGAUCCUCCCACCUUGGCCUCCCAAAGUGCUAGGACCACAGGCAUGAGCCACUGUGCCCAGCCUAGUUUCUUUUCUGUAUGCUUUUUUUACAAAACUGUGAGCCACAGAGGUUGACCACUUAGCCAAUUUGUUGCUAGAAGGGAGAAAAAAAUCUCCAACUAGCCUCCAGACAAAACAUACUCAAAUUCAAACAGCAGUUUUAAUUAACAUACAGAAGUAAUUUUAGACUUUCAGAUUUCUAUGCUGACUAGAACACUUUGCAGGCUGAAGCUGACAUUAUUACCAAAUACUUCAUUUAAGUACAUACUCUGAAGUGUCAGGCUUCCAGUAUAUAUAGCAACGCUCUGAGAGACAAACUGGGCUCAUAUGACGGGGUUGCAUUUUAUUUUCUUAACAGGUCUUUAAAUUGGGCAGUUCUGAAAUUCUGUUUGGUCAGUUCUAGAUGGUACGUCAUGUGUAUACAACCAAGCACUGUAGUUGAAAUUGUGUUAUGCCACUACUCAUAUGUUGUCUUAGGUACUAUGCAUAAUGUUAAUAGCUGAGAUGUUAAAGAAUUUGAAGUCUAAAAUAUAAAAGAUGAAUAUACCCAUAUUAAUCCUAUGUUAAGAUGCUCUGGAAAUAAAGGCCUUAUUCCCUUACAUAUGCGAUUUUUGUAAGAUAAUAUAUACACAGUAUAUUUUAAAUGUUUGUGUGGGUGGUCUAUGUAGUUACUCCCCAUACAACAAAGCUGACAAAAUUUUUAAUUUACACAAUGUAUUCUGCAUUUUCAAAUGUUUAUCUUGUGUAUAUAGCAAAGAAAUUAUCUUACUGAUAUGCGUUGACCAAAUCCCAUGGAGAAAAGACAUUUAGAUACAUCUCAUUUGAGGCUCCCCUUCCUCUCAUGUGUUUGAUUUUUUGGAAGGUGAUACAGUGUGUGGGUAACCAUGCAAAUGUUUAUGAAUAACUUUACUGAAGUGAUUCCAUCAGUAUUCUGUUCUAAUACUUGGAGAAUGACCUUCAUAUUUAUAUAUUUUAUUUCUUUGUUUCAACUAUCCAGUGAUAAUUCAGGAAAUGUUUCUUUUUUUUUUUUUUUUUUUUUUUUACAAAAACUAACUUUUUAUUUGUAAAAUGUUUGUAAUAAUGUAAAGGUGAACAUGUUCAAUAAAAAUCAUAUAUUAAAA